AUGGUUUCCCAGAUCCGCAGAAAAUAUCCGCACUCAGAUUUCACCCUCCUAUGGGAUCUUGUUUGUAUCCGUGCUCAAUCCCAGCAGAGCUUUAUCAGCUCUGUUAAUGCUGAAAUCUCCGUCUUUGAAGUGAACAUCCGUUUUGUUGGAGGCCUGCUGUCCGCCUAUUAUCUCUCAGGCAAAGAGGUGUUCAGGAGAAAAGCUGUUGAACUAGGAGAGAAGCUGUUGCCGGCUUUUAAGACCCCGACUGGCAUCCCUUGGGCUCUUCUCAACCUAAAGAGUGGAAUUGGCAGAAACUGGCCAUGGGCGUCAGGAGGAAGCAGUAUUCUCGCCGAAUAUGGGACGCUGCAUUUGGAGUUCAUGCAUCUCAGCGAGCUUUCCGGGAGACCAGUUUUUGCCGAGAAGGUAAUGAACAUCAGAAAGGUGCUGAAUCGACUGGACAAACCUCAAGGGUUGUACCCGAAUUAUCUGAACCCGAACAGUGGACAGUGGGGCCAGCAUCAUGUCUCGGUUGGAGGCUUGGGGGACAGUUUCUACGAGUACCUGCUGAAGGCCUGGCUCAUGUCAGACAAAACUGACGAGGAGGGAAAGAAGCUUUACUACGAUGCCCUGCAGGCGAUUGAGAAGAAUUUGAUCCGUAAGUCAAGCGGAGGGUUGACGUAUAUCGCUGAAUGGAAAGGCGGACUCCUGGAGCAUAAGAUGGGUCACCUGACCUGCUUCGCCGGUGGUAUGAUCGCUUUAGGGGCGGACGGAGGCCCCGAUGAUAAGACGGGUCACCAGAUGGAACUGGCGGCUGAGAUCGCCCGCACGUGUCAUGAGUCUUAUGCCCGGACAAGUAUGAAGCUGGGUCCCGAGGCCUUCCGUUUCGACGGCGGCGUAGAAGCCAUCGCCACACGGCAAAACGAGAAGUACUUCAUCCUGAGGCCAGAGGUCAUUGAGACCUACAUGUACAUGUGGAGGUUCACCCACGACCCCAAAUACAGACAGUGGGGCUGGGAGGCAGUGCAGGCUCUGGAGAAGUACUGCAGGGUGGAAGGGGGUUACAGUGGAGUGAGAGACGUCUACGCUAACACUCCCAACCAUGAUGACGUGCAGCAGAGCUUCUACCUGGCCGAAACACUCAAGUAUCUGUAUCUUUUGUUCUCUGACGAUGACCAUUUGCCCUUCGAACACUGGGUGUUCAACACGGAGGCCCAUCCUCUUCCCGUCAUUAAGAAACAGAAUGUAGAAAUAGCAAACCAUCUCAAGUAAUCUUCAUCCAACCCCAAAGCGCCACUGAGACGUAAUUUUCUGGACCUGCUUUAACAGUGGACAAGAGCUAUGGACACAAAACCCCUGUGGCUGGAGAGUUCCUGUCCUCCAGGAAUUUGCUGGAGCUUCAUGUGUUUCUCCACAGCCUUCUCUCCUCUUCCAUCUCUUCUCGGGAUUCUGCAUGCUGCCCCUGUUCUCUCUCUCUGUCCUUGAUGCUAUGGACACGUCUCUGAACCUCAGAGACACAGAAGGACCAUAUUUCCUCUGUGAGGAGACCGGAGCAGAUCGUUUUCCAUCGUACUUGCCCUCUCACACACGUUAUAAAGCCAUAGGUAAUUCAAAUUGCAUCGACGUCCUUGUGUUUUUUGCAUCAUGUGCGUUUUCAAGAGCGAAGAUAAGAGAUAUCCACUGAACUUCGCCAUAUCUUGCUGUCUGUUUCUUUCGGGAUGAGGUUUGGUUCGGUAUUUUGAGGCUAUAUUCGACAGCAAGGUAGUGAAACCAAGUCAACUAGUGCCUUUUAGUCUUACUGAUCAUUUUAGUCAAGUUUUAAUAGAAACUCUAUUUAUUUUCGCUGUGACCGAAGGUAUCUUCCUACUGGCCUACAGCCCUCUUACCCUCGUGAUGGAUGUAAGAAUCAGUUGUUUAUCGUUCAUUCCUCUACAUUUGUGAGCUUACUUUUUCAUAAAAUGUGUACAAAAUGUGUUUUGAUUGUUUACUUAAUCAACGGAGGCAGAGACUUUUUAUCCUAGACAUGUAAAAUAGAGUGCUUUGUGUUAAUUUAUUACUCAAGACAUAGGGUUCUUGUCUUUUUUCAGUGUGGAGGGCUGGAAACUAUGGAGCCCCUAAAGGAGACAUGAUAGUAGGAAAAAAUAUGAUGAGAGGGAAAAAUUAAAUUUCAAUGCUUUUGCGUUCCCUUGCAAAACUAAUGCUUUUUCCCGAGAAGCUUUGUGUUCACUCACAAACACACUGAAAUAUAAUUUUUCUUUCUAUAACUUUUUUUUUUUAAUAAAAAAAAAU